CAGUACUCAGAUCGGCAAACUGACAACGAGUUCAUGACCUACCUGACCCUCUCACCUGUGCAGAUGACCUUCCACGGCAUCGGGAGCUCCAUUUCAGCUAGCCAUGACCAGGCUGCUCUUAGUGCCUUGAAACAGCUGUCAGAACAAGGACUGGACCCAGUGGAUGGACCAAUCAAGUGGUGGAUCAUAAUUAAUCUUCAUUUGAACCUGUUUGUCUUGCAGACAAGCGAAACGUCUGGCCGAGCGGACGGACAGCAAACCGACUAACUCAGGCACCACUGCUCAGGACUGCAAGGAUUCAAAGGCUGUCGUCUAGGAGCUGAACCCACCCUUACGCCCCGUCCCCCCGAAAGCCCCCACGACGCCGCUGCAUCCUUCUACACGUGUCAACAUGCAAUAUGGUGGAUGUGUCCCAUGAUAUGAAAUGACAAAAAAUGCAUUCUUUGAGUCUAUGUGAAGACAACACUAUCUUAACACAACAUUUAUUUACUCUAGAGUUAACUAAAAAGAGCAAGCAAGUGAACUUAAAAAAUGAUAAAAAUGUAAUGCAUGGUAAUGUUUGAAAAUUAAGGGAAAUUUCCCCAUUUGAUAGAUGUUUGAAUAUUAUUUUCACCUUGCCUCCAAGUGAUAUGGAUUUAAACAGGCUUAUGUCAUGCCAUUAGUAUA